AUGAGUCAACAUGAGCUUGUCCCUGCUGCCACUUGUGGUGGAAGCACUUUUGCUAUGCUUUCUCCCGAUGUGAUGCAUGAUAUUUUGUGUCAUUUAUCGGUCGAUGAUUUGUGUAUUAAAGGAUUUUUAACAAUUUGUAAGAAUAUUAGUUUGAACAUGUUGGGAAUAUCUAGUAUUGAUGAUUUGGAAAAUAAGAGGGAUAUUGUGAAUAGCAGUCAAUUUUAUACAACCAUGGCAUACCUUUCAAUCAGAAACAAUAUUGAAAGACGAAUUAAAUAUGUUCAGAAAAGAGGAAAAUUCAUCAAGCGUACAGGUGAUUUUGAUAAACUGGGAAAUAGACUUAAAGGUUUAUGGGAUUCUUAUUCAGAAGAUAAAAAGAAGGAUUUGUUGGUUGGUAAAUGUACCAACAGAUUUGAGUAUGAUUUCAAAAAACGAGUCCAAACCAAGAUUGGUGAAUUUAGUUCAUCAAAGGUGUUUUAUCGUUUGAAUUGUGCAAUCUCUGACCUUAACAAAUUGUUUCCAUACUGGUUGACACCAAAGACAGAAUUUACUGACAUGUCCCUAAUGAAAACCUAUAUCGAGCAAAACAAGAGUCUCAACAGAUUAUACAGAACACUCUACACUUUGAAAUCCAUCAAUAGCCCAGUUGUGUUCUUAGGAAACGAUGAAGAACAAUUUGAAAACAAUAUCAAUACUAAAUUGAAUAAGAUUCUCUUUGACAGUAAGAGGUUCUCCAAGUCUGUCAAUAAGCACAGAGACUGGAAGUUGAUAUUUGAAAAGCAAUUAGAAAAGGAUACCCAUUUUCGUAUCACAGAAAGUAUUCUCAAGAUUCACAAGUAUUGUAGACGUGAAAAACAUGGAAGAUAUCAUCCUUUGAAAAUUGACUUACUCUCCUGUUUUGAUGGGGAGAUUACAAAGAUCAUGGCUAUUUUGGAUAAGUUUGAUGAGCAUACAAGAUUGAACUAUCUAUUUGAAAGAAACUUUGCUCAUGGAAAUAAUUCUAAAAGCAAUGGCAUUGGAGAAAAAAGAAAUGAUUUUAUUGGAUUGUUACAAGAUAUGAUGUAUCUGUUCGUUGGUGUGAGAAAAGAAUUCAGAACCAGAAACAAGAAGGAAAACCAAAAGAAGAGUAGAGUACUCAUCCAAUUCAUUCUCUACACCUUAAAGCAUUGGAAGAUUUACUGCAAAUUACAUCAUCCAAAUACGAGUAGUGCCACUGAGUCAGAAAUAAUUAGAGACUUUUUAAUGGAUGGUUCAAGAGAUGGAAUGAAAAUCCUCACCCUAUUGGAUGAAAAUAGAUUAAUCGAUUGGGCAAUUGGUGAAUUUAAGGAAAUUUUCGAACAAUACUUUAGAAAUGUAACUUUGGUAACUGGUAACACCAGAUCCAAUACCAUUCGUACAUUAUUGAGGAAAACUGAACCUAUCAGACAUGCCUACACUGGAUGUUUUGUAUUUAAUAAUAAUUAUUAAAUUAUC